GUCACACCGUAGGAGGCGGCCAACGACGCGGGGCUGCAGGACCGUAGCAAGCCGUGUCCGGAACCAUGUCCCGACUCUGAUUCUGGUCCGAAUACAUCUGGAAGAGGCCGAAACUGAUCGGGCGGACGUCGCCGCGGAGAUGGAGACCCAGAAGGCGCUCGCCCCCGGCCAUUCGCCGCCUAAUGACUGCAGCUACUCGCCUCCUGACGUCUUAACUCAGGAAAACCCUCUGGAGAGCGCUACCCACAACUCGCCCAUCCCCGGCACCGUCGUUCCCAAUCGAAUAUUUGUCGGGGGGAUCGACAACAGGGUCAACGAGAGCGACCUGCGGCAGGUUUUCUCGCAGCACGGCGCCGUGAAGGACGUGAAGAUAGUCCUGGACCGCUCGGGGAUCUCCAAAAGAUACGGCUUCGUUACGUUUGAAACCCAAGACGACGCGCUGCGGAUCCUGAGGAAUAACAACGGGUUCUACGUGAAAGAGAAGAAGCUCUGCGUCGGCCAAGCUGUCAGGAAGUAUCACGCCCCAGGACAGGCUAAGAACGCCCACGCGGCCAACCCGCGACCUGCCGUCCCUCAUCACAUGUCCCGGGGGACGUUUUAUAUGACCACACCCACGGGGCAUCCCUACACCUUCCAUAAGGGCGUGGCCUACUUCCACUGCCCCGUUAUGAACCCUCUGGCUCACCACUGGUCGCCUCAUCCUCAGCUGAUGCCUCCUCAGACCCAUCAGGCCGUUCUGCCCCAGCAGCCGGCCGUGUAUCACCACUGCCAGCUGGACGUCCCCGGCCAGCAGCAGUGGAGUACGGCUCAGGCGGCGUCCUCCUUCAGCUCGGCGAUCUACGCGCAGCAGCCAGAGUACGUGUACCAGCCGGUGGACGGCGGCUCCUACCCGCCCGCCGGGCCCGCCGUGGGAGGCUGUACGCCAGAGUUUGUAGCGUCGACGGCGGCACAUUUUUACCCAGUGGUGACGCCCAUCGCUCUGCCACACGACCCCGUGGAGAAUCAGCUGUUUCCUCCUCCACGCCUCCACCAGAGGCCAAAGCGUCAGCGCUACCUGCCCCCCAAGGACUACCACAACAUGCCCGAGUCGGCAGAGUUCCCAGACGCCCCGGCGUUCCCCUUCCACGCGCCUCAUGUAGGCUGAACAGAAGCAGCGGGGGGGGGUUUCUCGUAUACGGCCAUUCCUCCUCGUUAAUUAGUUGAACAUCUCAAGAACAUCCCAACCAAAGACGGCGUGAAAGAGUUUUAAACGCGUCGUCUGCUUUUAACCGGCCACGGCUCUCCUGAAUGUCGCGUUUUUAAAGAAGCCGUUGCUGUCGGAGGGUCUGACGGUCUCUGAUGGCCGCGGCGUUUCAUCAUGAUGCCGUUCUGGUCCACGUCUUGUGGGUCAUGUGAUCAGCGUGUCCGUGAGGGCGCCGUUAACGCGCCACGCUUUGGUUUCCUGCAGCGUAGCGGCGCUCUAGUCCAGGCUCCUGGAGAUGUAGAGGGUUCUUUUGGGGUUUUUUUU